CCUCUCCAAUGUCGUGAUUAUUUCCCUUGAUUGCACAACACCAGCUCACGCAUCCAAAUCAAGCUCAAACCAAAUUAUACAUCGCCGCUGAUAUAUCAACAAUACCUUGUCUGUCUACUGACCAACAUGCAGUUCAAGAUCGCCGCCGUUGCCCUCUUCGCCAGCUUUACCGCUGCCCAGGAUCUCUCCCUCCUCCCCGACUGCGCGCGUCCCUGCUUCGUCGACAACUUUUCUCUUUCUGGCUGCGCUUCGCAGACCGAUUUUGCCUGCAUCUGCGCUUCGAGCGCGUACAACAAUGCCGUGACCACUUGCGUGCUGGGUGCCUGCCAGUUUCUUGACGCUCUGGCCGCUCAGGACUGGGCCACCAAGACCUGCAGCAACGCUGGUGUUCCCAUCUAAAAUAGUGGGGGCAAUAAAUCAUUAAUCCAGAGUCUCGGGUUCAAGCUGGUUAUGCGUAUGUGACGGGCGAGAGCUGAGUCUGUUGCAUGUACAUACGCCUUUGAUGGCUGGGAAUCAAGUACAUACUUUGAAUCAAAUACGUGACGGUAAUUUAUUGAAUGGUUGCCCCGUAUAACUCGAGGAGGAUGUGUGCCGCGGACUGAUAUAUACCCAAGAAUCAUCUAGGAAG